UGAGCCCAGUAAGAAGCGCUGCACACUGCACACUGCAUACAACUGCGGUGACAGCGUGCUUACAAACAGUAAUGAGGUCACCUCCUCAUUGAAUAUAUUAUGAUGCACCUUCAGCUUGACCUCUCACCCUAAACGUCACCUCUCUCAGUGUAAGUAUCGAUACCUUUUUAUCAAAACGAGGGACGAAAUCGUCAAGGCUUCCUCAUGCGAACACAAGAUAGGCUGAGAUAUUACAUUUUGUCCCCUUGUAUGAUCCUUCCUUCAGAUCUGUUUUGUUACCUACUUUCUGUUCUAAACAAACAUUCUUGUUUGACUUGAGGCUAGGAAAAAAAUUUAUGCAACUUUUUCUUCUUCUUUAAAAAAAAAAAAUUAUUUUUCUUUUUUUAGAGCACUGGUUCACCUUUUGACCUGUGUGUACAUUGUCGUAAGUCGACGAGGUCGUCGCGUCGGAGCAGUAUGUGAUCUAUCUCUGGAGAGCUGGCGCAGAAACGACAUUAUUUCGUACUUCUCCACGGAGUGAGAGAGAGAAACAUAUCAUUAUUAUUAUUAUUAUCGAAUUACGUGGAGCUAGUUUCAAGUCGGGACUCACAGUCAGUUCACAAUGGGUCAGGAAACCAAACAUGACUUCGAGGACAUUCUGAGUCGUCUCGGCGGCUUCAGCAAGUUUCAAGUCCUCAUGAUUGGAUCUGUGUUUACCAUGAAGUUCAUGAUGGGCUGGAGCAUGCUACAGAUGUCCUUCGCUGGGCUCAUUCCGGAUUGGUACUGCGUGUUGGACGAUGGAGGAAACCGAUCUGUCGUGGAGAGGAGCCUGAACUCAACCUUCGAGCGGUGUGAGGUGGAUGGAGAAGUUUGCCAGGACUUUCGAUUCGUCGAGUCAGCCAGGACGAUUAUAACAGAGUGGAAUUUAUUGUGCGACCUGAAGUGGGUCAAGGCCACCGUGACCUCCAUCCAGAUGAGUGGAGUGACGAUCGGCUGCUUCCUUGGCGGUCAGAUGGGGGACUACUUUGGGCGGAAGAAGACGACGUACGGCUUUGCCCUCUAUCACGUGAUCAUGAACGUGAUCACUGCCUACUCGGUGUCCUGGCAGAUGUUUGCGGCCAUGAGAUUUUUUGUGGGCAUCGGCAUAGGCGCUCUUCUGGUGGUUAUCUUCCCUUAUCCCCUGGAGUUCCUGCCCCUGAAGUGGCGCCCCCUCCUGGCGGUGCUGCCGAUGUGGCCACUGGGUUCCGGUAUGUUGGCAGGAGCAGCUUGGCUGCUACAGGACUGGUCACAUCUCCAUCUGGCGUGUGCUGCGUUUUGCGCCCCUGGACUCAUCGGCUGGUUUUUUAUCCCUGAAAGUGUCCGGUGGCUCACCGUUCACGGCAAGGUCAAGGAUGCUUAUAAAGUACUGGUCAAGGUCGCAAAGGUCAACGGUCGUGAGCUUCCCGAUUUUACAGAGUCUGUGCUGGUGAGCAUUCACAAAGAUGAAUUGGCGUCUCGUCAGAGCGGCCGGCAGUACUCCUACUUGGAUGUCUUCCGAGGAAAGCGUAUGGCCAAAAUCACCAUCUCUUUCGCUAUUUUGUGAGUGGGCCGUCGAUGGACAUGUUUAGUCCUCCUCGCAAUGUCGGCGGUGUCUGCCUUCGCCUGCAUGGCUGUGAACAUUUCAGAUAUUGAGGACAAAGGUACUGUGACGAGCGGACUGAGUCUUGCUGCCAAAAUGGCCGCCGCUGCUUGCUGGGCCGCCGUGCAGACCUGGGGGACUGAGAUCUACCCAACUGUCACCAGGAUGACCAGGUAGUCAUGUCCUACGCCAUUAUCGGAGUGCUGAUGGUCAUUUGCCUCCUGCUCUGUCUCAUCAUACCAGAGACCAAGGGCGAAGUCAUGGCGGACAGCCUUAUCGCAGCACCGGAAGUUGAUGAUAACAGCACCACCAAUGAUGACUACGCUGUCAAGAAAUUAAGCCACGUCUUAGACAUAGAUAGAGUGCUAGUACUACCGCCAGACAGCGAGGACAAAAUACCCGAAAAGCAAAUGUCAAUUAUGAAUGGUUGCAGUAUCUCUUCAACUUCUGACGAGAGUGAAAGCGGCGUCACCGAGUGUGCAGACGACAAGAUGGCGGGAAAGACAGGGGAUAAUAAAGAUGAGGCAGCAGUGAAAGACGACUCACAGUCUGAGCCCGGAACUGUGCAGCCCAUCAAAGACGUCACUUUAUCCUCAGGCCAAUCCAAACUCCCUGAUAAUGGCGGCAAAGGAGAUGCAGAAAACCUAGAUGGGUUUUCGGAAACACCCGUUUUAACCGAGAGGCUUUACGAUGACGUCACACGCGCAGGUCAUCUCAGUUCCAAGACGCCAAGCACUGAGGAUUCUGUCGAUAUCAGAGACAGCCCGAAUAGCACAAAGCUCUAACAUAAAGAUGCAGACCCAAUAAAACUUGAGUCACUCGUUGUCAAGAGAAAUCUUUACCCGAAUACUAGACAUACUGUAAUGGGUCUCUUGAAAGGCGCAGUAUUUCAGCGCUUGUGACACCGAGCUGGAAAAUAUAAAUACGGAAAGAGCGAUUUAGAAAAUAAAUUUCAGUCCAAUUCUAAGAGACUUAUAAAAUCAUGUAGGUGUUUUUACUUAAUAUUCGACACAAUUCAGAUCAUCUAAGACCCUGCCUUUCACAGCUAACCUAGAGUGAUUCUUGUCUCUUCUUCCUUCUAGUCGACUAUCCCCCUCCACCCCUCCACCCCUCCACCUCUCCUCCCUCUCUCCCCGCCUUCUUCUCCGUUCUUUUUGUCAACUCUUACAGAGAGCUCAUUAUUUUCUUCAAUACGAUUCUGCGUUCCCCGUAAUAGUAAAUCUCCCUGUGAUCUGCUUUACAUUUUCUUUUCCUUCUAUUUUUGUUUUUUUUGUCCCCCCCCCCCUCCCCCCAACCCUUUUAGUUCCCGCGUGUCGUUAGAGGGGAGAGAAACGACAAAGAAUUCGCAUGUAUGCACUCAGUAAUAAGGCUUGCGUCUUCCCCUUCACUUUGAUUUGUCUUUGUAGUUUUUGAUGAUUGUGAUUUUUUACCUAGCUGAAGUGAUGGGAAGAUGUUCCCACAUUUUUCCAUUCUUUUACAGAAUUUGAUUAACUUGCGCUUGAAUACCAGGUCUUUUAAUCUCUUCGUAAUUUACAACUGUACAGUACAUUCCCUUACAACUUCCUUGAUUCCCAAAAUAUUGAUCAUGUCUAUCCUUUGGAGCACUUCAGGGAAGUCGAGACCUGGAGGGAGGGAAAUUGUACUUGGGCAAUCUACUCCUUUUUAUGGCUACCGCCCAGACAAAUCUGUAUAGUGUACACUGUUUUAUCAAUCAAUAGAAGAAGAAGAAGAAGAAGAAGAAGAAGAAGAAGAAGAAGAAGAAGAAGAAGAACAAGAAGAAG